UUUUGUGCUCGGAGAUCAGCUGUUGACGACUCGGGCAACAAUGCAGCGUCGUCAAUCACGGUCUGAGAAGGAAACUCGAAGUGGGGCGAGGUUGAAGCUCGCGGCGGCGCAUAAAAGAAUCCCCUCACCCACCCACAUCUGGACAGCGAUGGAAACCGGCGCGCGAGUAUGGAUAAGUUCCUCGGAAGACCAAUGGCAGGCUGGCGUCAUCGACGACUGCCGCGACGACGACGACGCCAACUCGGCGGUGCGUGUCCGUCUGGACGAAGAUGGCACACAUGUUUGCACGUCCGCAGCCAGCGUAUACCUUCGCAACGACGUGGACGACUUCGUGGACGUCCCCAACUUGAUCUCGUUGCAAUACCUCCACGAACCCGAACUGCUUCAUGCCGUGUGCAAUCGCUACGAACAGAACGUCAUUUACACGUAUGUGGGUGAGAUCCUGCUGUCGUUCAAUCCGUUCCAGCGCCUCAAUCUGUACACCCCGGCCCACAUUCAAGCGUAUGCUGCGUCGACAGUUCCUGCUACAGAUAGUGACACGUCGUCGAGGUCACUGCCGCCGCAUGUGUUUGCUAUCGCCGCCAUUGCAUAUCAAAGUCUUUGCGACGACCGCAUGAACCAGAGCAUCCUCGUGAGCGGCGAGUCGGGCGCGGGCAAGACGGAAAACACCAAGCUGCUCAUGCAGUACCUCACCGCCGUGGGGGCGACCCCCGCUCAUCCCACGAGCCCCACCCCCCAUGUCGCCUCCCGGACACCAUCAUCCGGUCGACGAAGCAAAAAACGAUCGUCGGGCGCGACGUCCACGGCCGCGUCGUCGCACGACAUUCAGACCCAAAUCCUGCAGACCAACCCGAUCCUGGAAGCAUUUGGGAACGCGCGCACCGUUCGAAACGACAACUCGAGUCGCUUUGGCAAGUUCAUCGAGCUCCAAUUCGGCCGGCACCACACGAUUGUCGGCGCCAAGUUGAGCGUGUACCUGCUCGAGAAGAUCCGCGUGAGCCACCAGUCGGACAACGAGCGCAACUUUCACAUCUUUUACGAACUGUGCGCCGGCGCCGACGACGACCUGGCGGCGCACCUGUCGUUGCUGGAUGCCGAGGACUUCGACUUGCUGAAUGAAAGCGGGUGCUUUACAAGGCGGGACGGCGUCGACGAUGCCGCGCAGUUCCACGAAACAUCGCAGGCGUUCACAGACAUGGGCAUCUUGGCGGACGAACAGCGGAGCAUCUAUGGCAUCGUAGCGGCUUUGCUGCAUCUGGGCAACGUCGCGCUGGACGGCGAGACGUGCGGCGCGUCCAAUAUGGAGCACGCGAGCAUCCGCCCCGACAGUUUGCAUCAUCUGGACACGGCGGCGGUGCUGUUGGGGGUGUCGUCGGUGGAGCUCACGUGCGCGCUCGUGACUCGGCAUGUGACGACGACCAAGGACAAGAUCAUGGUCAAGCUGUCGAGUGGCCAAGCGACCGAAGCCAAGCAGUCGCUUACGCAGAGUUUGUUUGGCGGGCUGUUUGAGUGGAUCGUGGCGCGGCUGAGCAGUGUGAUCCGACACGACGCCGAGUCUGCCAAUUCGAUUGGCAUUUUGGAUAUAUUUGGGUUUGAAAACCUCGUCAUGAAUGGGUUUGAGCAGCUGUGCAUCAACUACGCCAACGAACGGCUGCAAGCGCAGUUCAACGACCUUGUGUUUGCCAAGGAACAGCGCAUGUACCAAGCUGAGGGCAUCGAGUGGAAGUACAUUGAGUACCCCGACAACGCGCCGUGUCUGCGCCUCCUUGAAGACAAGCCCACGGGUAUGUGGAGCCUAUUAGAUGAAGAAGGGAUGCUGCCCAAGGGGUCGAACGAAGGCUGGAUCGGCAAACUGUACAGCCAGUACCUGGAUACCAUACUCCAUCCAAGCUUUGACGGCGACCAUGCAGCUUCGACCAGCGUGAAGUCGCGGCGGCGGCAGUCCGAACCGGUGCCGCCCAAGGGAUGUUUGCAACUGGACAAGUCGAGUGAUCGGCCGUUUCAAGCGACCAACCACCAGCGCGUCGAGUGUCAGUUUGUGAUCUGUCACUUUGCUGGGAACGUCAUGUAUGAGAAAGACAUGUACUUGGAGAAGAACCAGGACAUGAUGCCUGCGGAAGCCGUUGAGUUGUGCGGGGCAUCGACUAAUGCGAUCGUGCAGGCGUUGCUGAGCAAGAAACCACCGGUGGCUGCGCAACGUCUGACCCGGCAGCCGAGCAACUUGCGGUCGGCGUCCGUGUCGUCGCAAUUCAAAGCGCAACUGGACGAACUGAUCGUUGUGAUUGGGCGUACCCAAGCCCGCUUUAUAAGGUGCAUCAAGUCCAACGACGCCGGCGUGCCCACAGUGUUGGAUGCGCCGCGGGUCCUCCAACAACUCCGAUCCGGGGGGGUGCUGGAAGCCGUCCGGAUCGCCCGCGCCGGGUACGCCGUGCGCGUCGACCACGCCAAGUUUCUGGACGCGUUUGGGUUCUUCUUGAGGCUACAACGUCUACCAAGCCAACUGAAAAAGGCUCGAACUACGGCAACUCUGUCGAGCGGCGUUGGUCCACACAAGGCGGCGAAAUCUCAAGAUUUGAAGCCGCUCGUGGAAUGGACGGCGGCGGCAGUGCUGGUGCAGUUCCAUCGCGCAUGUUGGUCUUCUUCGGGGACGAUUUCAGACGACGUGGUUGCCGUGGCUAAGAAAGUUGUCGAGCAAGGCAAGGUGGGUGACCGACCGGCGUUUCUAGCGAGUUGCGGCGCCGUGGGGUUCCAGAUCGGCCAAUCCAAAGUAUUUUUCCGAAAAGACGUGUACAAUGACCUGCGCCGGUUUCGAUUGGUCACCCGACAUCGCCAUAUCACGACGAUACAACAGCAUAUUCGUGGCCAUUUGGCAAGGCAGCAAGCGGCGCGCAUGAAGGAGGCCGUGCGAUGCCUCCAAAUGUGGAUGCGGGAACGGCUGGCGCAUCGCGCGAGGCGACGACGAGGCGCCACCGUCCUGCAGAGCUGGGCGCGACAGAUCCUGGCUGUGAUACAGUACAAGAAGACGGUGGCGGGUAUUCCGAGGAUUCAAAGAUGGUGGCGGCAUCGGCGGAGGACGCGCUUGUUCCAUCAACGAAUCCUGGAUGCAGCCAAAGAAGCCAAGAGCAUGGCGAGGCACAGCUUGCCGCCGGUUCAAGUCACUAGCCCAGCUCAAAGCAGCCAACAAGUCGUGCAUGAGGUCGUCGUCGAGGCGCCUGCUCCUUGUCCUCUUCCGCCAGCCACCGCCGCUGCUGCUCCCAUCAAAGUGAUGCCACCAGACGCGAGUUGCCGUCCAGACGAAGUGCCUCCCCGCCGCGAAGUGGACUCGCUGAUGGUAUCGUUGUCUGUGGAGAAUGCCCAGCUCAAGCAACAAGUACAGCAACUUCAGAUUCAGCAACAACACCAACCGUCCGUUGCUGCGCCAGUGGCUGCGGAUCCGUCGGUCGAGUUUGCCAUGGUGCACAUCCGGGCGCUGGCGAGCCAGCUCGUGGAGCUGCAAUUGCAGUGCGCGAUGAUAAAGUCCAGUGUGGACUCUUGCUGCCCCUCUGGUGCAAACCUCGUCCUCCCAUCCCCCGAAGCAAUGGAGUCUCCAGUAGUAGCUCUGGACUUGGCUCUGCCGCCGCCCCCUACUUCGCUCACCGAAGCGCACGGGCAACUGCAGUCGUUGGUGGCGAAGAUCCAAGUAGCGUCGUUUACACUGGACCAGCUGGAGCGGCAAAAGCAGCGGCAGCUCAAACUGCAGGCGCAGGAGGCCCAAGCCAGGGCGGUUGUCCAGACGCUGACCCCCGUGGUCGCCACCGUUCGACACGUGGCAUCGUAUGUGCCAGUGGUGUCGUACGUUGUCUCACAAGUGGAAACCAAAGUGCACGUGUCGCAGCAGUCGUGGUGUGUGCUGAUUCAGACAUCGCAGGCGGUACUGGCCAGUGUCUCUGCGAUGGCGUCGUCGUUGUGGCUGCUCGGUCGAAGUAAUGACGACGGCAAAGCAACUGCCCAAACGGUGUCACAGCAGCGGCCUAAGCACCGUCCGCUUCACGGCGACGACGACCACCACUGGGACGACCUCAUGGAGUGCAACCUGGACCAGGCGCUGCAAAUCAAACAACUCACGGCCACCCUCCACGACUUGCGCGCCAAGCACCACGACUUGCAGCUGCAGCACUUGGGCACCCAGAUGGCCACGAUGCAAGCCACGAUAGGACGCGCCGACGCGGACAAGUUGAAGCGCAUGGAAGAUGACCUCGCGUACACGAGUGCGUGUGUGAACCAGCUGGCAACGGCGAUGCUGGCUAGGGGCAUCGCUCCUCCUUAUCAUACCAAGGACAACCCGUUCGACUCGACUCGGCAAGACCAACAACUCCCCGCGCUCUUUCGCCGGUGAUCUGCGCAUGUGUUGUUAGAUAUAAUAUAUAUAUUAAUAUUGUGAAUUCGCUAUAAACUU